UCCUCCCACUUUAUAACUUCUCAGUUCAAGUGUAAAGUCCUCUGUGUGUACUCCUUCCGGUGCUUUAAAGCCCAAGGAAUUAAAAAGCCCUCUGAAGACAGUUUCCAGGAAUCUGGGCUAAAAGGGCCAAUCAGGACAAGAAACUCAUUCUUUUCUGCAGAACCGAGCUGAAAAAGGAGGAUGGAAGAACAGGAGCUUCCUUAUACACUAAUAAAUGUUAUAGGAGGUCUCGAUGGAGUAUAUGAAGACCACGUGGAGUUUCUGGAGAAACAUCUGAAGCUCAUCACUAUGAAGGAAUUUCUUGAAAACAAGGAAACUCUUCGUCAUAAAAUCCAAGCGGUGUUCCUAUGGUUCCACAAGCCCGUGAUUAACAGGGAGCUUCUACAGAUUUUGCCUAACUUGAAGGUGAUUGUAAACUCUGGUGCUGAAAUAGAUCACCUGGACCUAAAGUUGAUUUUCAGCUUUGGUGUAAAACUAGCUAACACUCCAUUAGCAGUUACCAACGCUACAGCAGACCUUGGAAUGGCUUUGAUGCUGGCUUCUGCUAGGAGAAUUGUGGAAGGUUAUCAGAUUUCAGUUUCUCCUGACACUAAACAUUUUAAGGCUGACUGGCUGGGAGAAGAAGUAACUGGUGCAACUCUGGGGAUCAUUGGAAUGAGCACCAUCGGUUAUAAGGUAGCCCAGAGAGCCAAAGCCUUUGAAAUGAAAAUCCUUUAUCAUAACAGGAACCGGAGAAAAGAAGUUGAUGAACAGGCGGUUGGGGCUCAUUAUUGUCCCAAGAUGGAAGAGUUACUCCGACAAUCUGAUUUUGUGAUGUUGGUUGUCAACUUAACGCCUCAAACACAGAAGCUGAUUGGGGAAAAGGAGCUCAAACUCAUGAAACCCACUGCUACUCUGAUCAACAUCUGUCGAGGCCAAGUGGUUGAUCAAGAUGCCCUGGUGAAUGCACUCCAGAAUGGAGUUAUUAAGGCUGCAGCUUUGGAUGUGACCUAUCCUGAGCCAUUGCCAAGAGACUAUCCUUUGCUGCAGUUAAAGAACGUGACAAUAACACCUCACAUUGGAAGUGCAACUUCACAAACCCGCUUCCUUAUGAUGAGAAACAUGGUUGAGAGCAUCUUAACCGCUGUGAAAGGCCUCCCUGUCCUGAAUGAAGUCCAAGGGUGACAAGCUGCAUAUGUGUUCUGUGUACGGUCAUCUGUAUCUGCAUGAGAUUUUACAUUGAAAAGUUAUACGCUGAUUUUUCUUUUCAUUGGGCAACAGAAUCUCACAUUCCUCAGAAAUGUAAAAGAUAACAUGAAUAAACAGCACUUUUUUGUUUGUUC